GUAGUGGUGCAAACAUCGAUGCGCCGUGACCAGGAGAACCGUGUGAUAUGAUGUUCGCGAUGAUUUUUUUGCAUGCACGCCAGGGAUAAGGCUAAGUACGCACAUGAUCGAUGGUUCGCUUGUUAUUAAUUGGUGUUUCAAGCCCUUUCUCUGCGGCUCCGGUGGAGCUCCAGAUGGAGAGUUACAGAGCUCGCAGCUCUCUCGAUGUCUGGCUCUUGUGGAGCUACAUACGGAGGUAGAGCUCCCAACAGUUGUGGAGAGCUCACGGAUCCACCCGACGGCGGCAUGCGGAGCUCUAGCUGAUGGCGGAGCUCGUGGAUCUCUCGAUGGUGGCUCCGAUGGAGCUCUUGAUGAUAGGUCGAGGAGCUCGAGGAUCUCCCAACGACAAAUCUGGUGGAGCUCCGUACGGAAGAAAAGCUUCCCAUGUGGUGGAGCUCGCGAGUCUCCAAAUGGUUGCUCCGGCAGCAGUGGAGCUCACAGAUCUACUCGAUGGCAGCUUGCGAAGCUCCCGAUGAUGGCGGAGCUCGUGGAUCUUUCUACGGCGGCUCCGAUGAAGCUCCGAACGGCGGGUCGCGGAGCUCGGGAAUCUCCCAACGAUCUCAGGGAUCCGUCUCGGGGAACCUCCUCCGGCGUCGCACCGCAAUGCGUGGUACAUGUUCUCGAUCAUGUGGAUCUGCCACGCGAGGCUCCGGUCGGUGGCUCUGGCAGCACACGGAAGAUCCCAGGUGCGCACUCGGACUCACGACCGGCGCAGAAGGGGCAGGGCGGCUUGGGGGCCGAGGUUAGGGUUCGCGGGGCCGUGGGCCUUGAGAUCAGCGGGGCAACGCGAGCAUGCCGGCGAGAAGACGACCCAUCGGUUGAACACUGCGCCUCGGCACGCCUCCAAAAUUCUAGAAGCUUCCGCCAUCGCCAUGCUUCGAGAGAUGGUGCUGAUGACUGACGAGUGGAGGGCAAAAGAGUAAAAGCACCCGUUCCUUAAUAUGUGUAUAUAUAUACACCCUUUAUUUGUGGAAACAAACUUGUCUGCAUAUCGUACUUAACUAUGUAAUGUGUAAAGGUAUCCAUUAAAAAAACAAAAAACAAAUGUGUAAAUCAGUAAAUGUGUCACCAUGUAGGAGCCCACUGGGAUGACGUAGGCAAACUAAACAGGAUCGGACGAGCAACAGUUGAUGCAUGUCAGACAUCGCA